UUUAAUGCAGUAGCAGGAACGCUCCACCAACCGUCUCCAGACCAAUUAGCUAAGAUAAACAGUCCAACUAUCAGCAGGUUGAAUUGAUGGAGAUACUCCUCUGUGGGAUAUGAUUUGUAUCAACACCAACUGAAAAGUUCUCCAAGGUUGAGUUUCAGUUUAUCCUCCCAUUCCCUUGGUGCCUUGGGAUGGUCCUGUUGUGGAAAUGUGCCUAAGAUGGACUGCUGCUAAUCCUUCUACCUCUGUUUAUACUGGAACAAUCAGCUCAAAGAUGUCAGCUGACAGGGAGCUUAACACAGACACAGCUGAUGACACCAAACUGGUCAGACCAAAGGUAGAGUUUCAUUCACUGCUGCAACAUGCAGGAGCCACUAAAGAUGUUUUCACCAUGAAAGAGGUGAUGUUCUACCUCGGGCAGUACAUCAUGCAGAAGCAGCUGUACGACCAGAAGCAGCAGCACAUUGUCCACUGUGCCCAGGAUGCACUUGGGCAGCUGCUGGGAGUCGACAGCUUUUCUGUGAAGGAGCCACGGGUUUUGUUUGCUAUGAUCACCAAGAACCUGGUGGCUGUGAGGAGCCAAGAUUCUUCACCAAGUUUAAGUGAAGCACACAGCAACAGUCAAACAGAGAGAUGCACAGAGGAGGCAAGUUCAGAAGUUAACCCUUGCUCAGAAAGUCACUCAUCACCAGACAGGAGAAGGAGGCGAAGGAGAAGGCGACGGAGGAGCCGAAGGAACAGUGAACCAGGACCCUCCCGAAGUGUAGAUGAUAAUGAAGAUGAAGAAGAGUCAGAGGAGGAGGAGCUAGAGGAAAAUGGCAGGAAAAGGAGACGGUCUGAUAGCUACUCCCUGACAUUUGACGACAGCCUUUCCUGGUGUGUGAUCGGUGGACUAGGAAGUGGGAGGGACAGACCCAGCAGCCAGUCAUCUGACUCGCACAGCACAUCUGGGAGGUCAGAGGUCACAGUUGCAGCCUCAGAUUCAGAAAGUGACAACUUCAGUGUGGAAUUUGAGGUGGAGUCCAUUGUUUCUGAUGAUUACAAUGAAGAUGAUGCCUCUCUGUCUGCAGACGAUCAGGUAUAUGAGGUCACCAUCUUUGAGGCAGAAGACGAAGACUCCUUUGAUGAAGACACAGAGAUCACUGAAGCUAACUCAGAAGGUGCUGGUCUAGCAUUGCUUCCAUCUGGUUGCUUUGAAGAACACUUCGCGACUUCAGUUCCCUAUCGGAAAUGGCUGUCUGAUGGCAAGGAUUAUUGGCGUUGUGGGAAGUGUGAUGAGUUGAACCCACCUCUCCCCAGAAACUGUCAGCGCUGCUGGACUCUGCGCCUGGAUUGGCUGCCUGAGGUGUCUGCCAACAAGGCGACCAGCUCCAGUCCAAAAGUCCUGCCCACAAAACCAGCUGACCAAUCAGCAGCUGUAGACGCUCCAGGCUCUGAUGUAGAGGAGAAUGAAGGAGUCGAUGUUCCAGAUGGGAAAAGAGCAAAAACGCCUCCUGUCCUGUCACAGUGCAUGGCAGACUCCACCUCCUCACUUCCCAGCUCCCAGGAGUUCCUCUCUUGCUCCUCACAGGAGAAGUGGACUUCUGACUCCCAGCCGUCUUCUUCCUACUCCUCUGUCGACUCCCAGGAGCUUCUUCCAUCUUCCCCUACUGACCCUCCUCCACCUUCUGCUGUGGUUCCGGAGUUGGAGCGUAAUGUAUCAGCGGAGUGGCGGUUGCCCGAAUCGUGUUUGGACCCUUGUCUUAUUUGUCAGUCACGGCCAAAGAACGGAUGCAUCGUCCAUGGACGAACCGGACACCUAAUGGCCUGCUAUGUCUGCGCCAGGAAGCUGAAGAAGAGAAACAAGCUGUGUCCCGUGUGUCGGCUGCCCAUCCACUCUGUGAUCCUGACCUACCAUAGCUGAGACUCGCCUUCAAACCCUCCUCAUAGAGCACAUACAUGAGUAACCAAUGUUCACCCUGCACUGAGUCUGUCCACAUCACACAGGUUAAUGCUAAAGACUAAAGUUUAACAGGCAGAUUUAAUUAAACUUCAGUUUUCACGUCAGUCCUUUUUCAGACAACUCACAGCCUCAUGUGCCCACACUUUUUAUCAUAAAUGUUUUGGUGAACUUGUUUAAAUAUCAGAGUAAAAUACUUUAUUUUUCUUACUGUCAAUAAAUCACAUAAAAUACCUAUGAUAUGUCCAUGUGGCUCUACAUGACCUUUUGGUUUCACCUCUGCUUUAAGACCAGAGGUCACUGAUUCACUAAAGAAAUACAUCUUUAAAAUGGAUCAUCAAACAGGCCCAGGCAAUGUGUAAUAAAGCAGCAGUUUGAGGAGGUACUUCAAAUAAUUUUUUCAUUCAUUUAAUCCUUGGGAAAGCAUUGCCUUCACUGAAGAAAAACUGUCAACUUACCUUCUAAUUUUAUGUUUUUGUCUAGUGUAUCUUCAAUUUGUAUGAAUAUUUUUAUGGGGUUUUUUUCUGUGACAUCCAAAUCUACAUUGAAACAAGAUUAAUUGUAUUCAGAAGUUACUAUAUCUAAUUUUUAUUCAUUCAAAUAUUUUCUUCAGCUAAUGAUAUCAGGAUCUCAUGAUUAUGAGAUGACAUGCCUAUUUUUUUUUUCAGACAUGUUUUGUCUGGUCAUUACCUCAACAUUUCAGUAAAUUACAGAAAAGAUCAAAUUGGUAAUGGAUCAGAUUUAUAUAGUGCUUUUUUACUUCACAUAAUCAAAGCACUUUGAUUCAUUCACUGUCACAUACUGGUGGUGCUAAACUACAUGUGUACCCACAGCUGCCAAUCUGCCCCAACGGCCCCUCCCACCACCAAGCAGUCAUACACAGGCAAGGUGGGGGAAGUGUCUUUCCACACAAUGGCACAUGACUAAGAGCAGGAUUCGAUCUGCCAACCCUCUGGUUAUUGGAUGACCUGCUCUACCUCCAGAGCCACAGCCACCGCAAAUUGUCACUUUUUUUUUUUUUAGGCAUACUUAAAAAUGUAUGUUUCCACAGUUUAUUAUACUGCUCAGCCUUGAUGAAUAGACUUACACACAUGAUAUUUUAUGAAUUUGAUGCUUGAGGCUUUUCCUGGGAUUGGUGGACGGGAAUAGAAUUAUAAAGCAUAAACAGAUUAAUAUUCUUCACAAUGUUAAAUGGAGACAGGUGGAUGGAUGUUAUUUUAGAUCAGAAAGCAGUGUUUAGGUCUGGUCUCACUUUGACAUCAUCUUUUCUGGCUCUACCCUGCCUCAGCUUCCUCUUGCUUUUUCUCCAUCAGUGAUUUCCCAGCGUCGGUGUGUGCUCAGGCUAUCUUAGCUCUAAACUAGCAGCUUUCUGAUGUGUACAGUGAUCUCAUCAGUUAAGAAUGUAAAUGAGGAUUUCUCAAAAAUGUUGAACUCAUUGUGUCAACGAUAGGUAAUUCUUUAUGUUAUGGGUUUUUAAUCACCACUGUAUUGCAAGUUUUCUGGGAAGAAAUGUGUAACUAGGUGAUAACUACAUUUUCAUAGUAAUAAUAUCUAAUAUAACUUGUGUCCUUUAUAGAAAAGUUUAUUUUAAUUGAGAAUUAAUUUGUCUGACAUGUGUUUGUACAUUCACCUGUAGAUAAUUGUUUGCACAUGCGACUUAAAAACUGUUGCUAUAUUGUUUGUAAAUAGAGACUCAGUUCUUUCCAGGAAAUAUCUAAUGUAAUUACUAAAAAAAAUGAGUAGGUUAUUAGUGGCCCAUAAAAUAAAGAUUUACCCAAAUAUCCUUGUUAUUUAUUGUUAGUUUAUUUAAGAUGCUGAAGUUUAUUUAAUUAAAUAUUCACUUUUCUAUGAGUGCUUUAUAGCAGAUGAGUCUGUCUAAUAUUUUCUGUAAACUUAAUAAAGUUGAAUUUCUGAUGGCUUUA